CCAAUUCCAAACAAAUUGAGAAUAUUAUGUAGUUAAUAUUUAAUAUAAUAAUAUAUACCUAUUAUAUUAUAUAAAUAUAAGUAUAAACAUUGUUAAAUUAUUACACAUAAUAUACCAUUAUGCAGCAUCGUGCUUCUUAAAGUAGUUCAAUUUUAAUCUUUAUCCGUGGUUCCGUGUUUCUGUUAUUCUAAAUUUCCGAAUCCGAAUUUGAAUUUGAAAAAUCUGACAAAUAGUAUUAUAGUAAUGUUGAAUAUUAUAUUUUAAUAUAAUAUUUAUUAAUUAAUUGUUAUUUAAAAGUCAUUAAAAAGUAAUUAAUGUUCAUUUUACAUAUAUUAAUUGGUAGCAGAUUAUUAUAAUUAUUACAAUUUAUUAAUAGAUAGAGUAUAAUAUUACCUAUGCGGUGAAAUUGUUAUCUAUUGUGUUGUAUUGAAGUUGAAUGUGAAAAUAAAAUGUGCGGCCGAACUGCUUGUAACUUGAAAUGUGAAACUUAUUGCAAAGCAACGAGCUAUAAAGAUCGUAAAGAUACAUUGUAUCGUCAACCAGAAUGGCAUGAUGAAAUGAAUGAUAACUUUCAAUUUAAACAAUCCAACAACAUAGCACCUACUGAUAUAACUCCUAUUCUUGUUUCUGGCGAAGAAUUUGUAGGCUACCCUUCUAGGAUAUUGACACCCAUGAUAUGGGGUAUGAUACCUCCUUGGCAUAAGGGAAAUUUCAACAAUCAUGGAUUGAGUACAAAUAAUUGUCGAAUAGAAAAUGUAACAACUUCAAAACUAUACAGUGAACCAUUGACUAAGGGAAGAAGAUGUGUUGUAAUUUGUGAAGGUUUCUACGAAUGGAAAACAACUGAGGGACCUGGAAAGAAAAAACCUUACUUUAUAUACAUGCCACAGAAAAAUGGAGUUUCAGUUUAUGAUACAAAUGCUUGGGAAUCAGCUCAGUGGUCAGAGCAAAAUGGUUGGUGUGGACCAUCUCUACUACAAUUAGCUGGUAUUUACAAUAAAUGGAAUUCAUCCGAUGGGGAUGUUUAUAGCUAUUCGAUUAUCACAAUGGAAUCGAGCAAGUCAUUUUCACAACUUCAUCACAGAAUUCCUGCAGUCUUAGAGAAUGAACAACUUAUAGAGGACUGGUUAGAUACUAGAAGGGUGUCUGCAAGUCAAGCCAUCUCUAUGCUUCGUCCUACUGAUAAUCUGACCUGGUAUGAAGUGUCAAGCAUAGUCAACAACUCACGUAACAAAAGUGAAGAUUGCAAUAAACCAACAUCAAAAAUAGUUAACAAAAGCAGCACUUUCAUGACAUCUUGGUUAACAGGAAAAAAUAAAAAAAGUGAUAGUAAUGAUGAAGAUCAAAUGAGGAAAAAACCUAAAAAUUAAUUACUCAUUAUCAUACAAUUUUAAUUGAUGUAUACAACAUAGUAUAUUAUUUAUAACUAUUAUAAUAAUAAUAUUUUCAAAAUAAAA